CUAUAAAAGGCCAAGACCUGAGAGCAGCUGUCAAUUAGUUACGUUUCAAGCGUUGCAGCAAACACAGAAAAGCUAAACAUGAAGUUCGCCGUUGUCGUAGUCUUGUUCGCUUUGGCCUGGGGUGUCAACUGCUCGGUGGUGCCUUUGAUCAGCGCUGGUCAUGGACCAGCUUUGCUGCUCAGUGCUCCCGCUGUGGCUGGCUCAGUGGCUGUUCACGCCUCCGCCGUGCCCGCUGCAGUGCCCGUUGCCAUUUCACCAGCUGGACCCAUUCUGGUGCAAGGUGCUGUCGCUCAUGCCUCGCCUGUUGUGGUCGCUGCUCCCGCACCAGCUGUGGUAGCCGUUGCUGCUGCGCCUGCCUCGUAUGUGGCCAAGACACGUGGUGCCGUUCAUGUUGCUCCACUGCCCGGACAUGUGCAGAGCGCCGCCUCCGUCAAUCUGGAACCCGCACCAGGCACCUUGUAAAAACGUCUCGAAAUCGACCUUCACUUGGCUAACACACUCGCUAAACAGACCUGCCUUUGACCCUGCCAUCGCCUUCGUUUUGUAGUUUAUAAAUGUCCUUUUGUUUAUUUUCAUUUUCUUGAAAGAUUUUCCUACUCCCACUCACCCGUUGCAAUUCGGGUGCUCUGCUAUCUAAGUCAUCUAUCUAUCUUAAUAGUCAGCUCUUCUCCUAUGCUACUGAUUCUGGUCUAUACUUUAUGUACAUCUAUAUCUUUAACGAUCUGUUAACCAAAUGAUAUCCGAUCAUGCACCCACUGUUGUCAUAUGGAAAAUUGUUUCAAAAUAAAAAUAUAUGUUUAAAAUCAA